UACAUUUGAUAGGCGGGUUCACGGUUCAUGCCUGAAAGAGCGAGUAGAUGCGAAUCACUUAAGAGCUCUCAGCAACUCUCAUCGCACCAUUGCUCUGUUGUUACAAAUGUAUCCUGGCGGUCUUCUUUCUUUUUUUUUUGGCUGUACCAUGUUGCAGUUGAUUCGCUGUUACAGUGAUGGAACUUUGUUGGAAGAAGAAUGUCAAGGGAUGAACAUCAACCACGGAAAGCCGCCACAAGACGGAGAAUCGCCGUUUACCGUCAAACCAGAGAAUAAAACCUUCAAUGAUUCAGAAGUGGGACAAACCCUUACCGUGCAACUUUCGGCUAAUUCAUCUCCGUUUAUUGGCUUCAUGUUGGAGGCUUUUAAGUGUGAGGAGUGUAAACCUGCUGGUACUUUUAGUCUCACUGACCCGAGCAAUACUGUCCUCCUGUCCUGUGAUGGUCAACCUAACAGGCAUCGUCAACUGGCGGACUGCGGGCCGGAUCCGGACCUUUGCUUCGUUUCAUCCGGACCGCGAGACAUUUAAAAUUUGGACUCUUUCAGUUGUUUAAAUUGAGCCGCGCGUCUACACAACGGAGAAUCACAUCACGCAUACUCUCAGGGACAUUUAUGUAAUUGAUCUUUUGUCGCUAUAUCCUGCGAUAUCUUUUAGGUAUAAACGCGCUUCAUUUGAACCCUUUCCGCUCCGCGUGCGUGGCUUUUCUCACGCCAAAGACGCGCCGCAUGAAGAGCAGCAGACACAUGCUUAUUUUAACAACACUAGUGCAGACACGCAGAGCAGAUAAAUGGAGACACAACAGUAAACAAAAUGCAGCAAUAUUAAAGUAUUUGUUUCUGUCUGUUUACUGUUUGCUAUAUGUAUUCAACCUUUCAACCAGAUUUGCGAUAUUUUAUGAACGUUUUUAUCUAGCCUACAUUUAAUCAUUAGCAUUAUUGAUCAGCAUGUAAACAUGUGUGUCCCUUUGAAAACCCAGGCUAAAGUCUCAUAAACGAAUUAAUUAUUAAAUAACAAGCAUCAAAGAUUAAUUUCAAGC